AUGGGAGACCUGUUUAUGCUCAGGGUAGCUGUGGGCAUAUGCUAUGCCACCUUCAGUGCCUCUGCCUGGUCAGUGAACAAUUUCCUGAUAACAGGUCCCAAGGCCUACCUGACCUACACGACCAGCGUGGCCCUGGGUGCCCAGAGUGGCAUUGAGGAGUGUAAGUUCCAAUUUGCUUGGGAACGGUGGAACUGCCCAGAAAAUGCUCUCCAACUCUCCACUCACAACAGGCUGAGAAGUGCCACCAGGGAGACUUCUUUCAUUCAUGCCAUCAGCUCUGCGGGAGUCAUGUACACCAUCACCAAGAACUGUAGCAUGGGCGAUUUUGAAAACUGUGGCUGCGAUGAGUCGAAAAAUGGAAAAACGGGAGGUCAUGGCUGGAUCUGGGGAGGCUGCAGCGACAAUGUGGAAUUUGGGGAAAGGAUCUCCAAACUCUUUGUGGACAGCUUGGAAAAGGGAAAGGACGCUAGAGCCUUGAUGAAUCUUCACAACAACAGGGCAGGCAGACUGGCAGUGCGAGCCAUCAUGAGAAGGACUUGCAAAUGUCAUGGCAUCUCUGGGAGCUGCAGCAUCCAGACCUGCUGGCUGCAGCUGGCUGACUUCCGGGAGAUGGGGGACUACCUGAAGGCCAAGUAUGACCAGGCCCUGAAAAUUGAGAUGGAUAAGCGGCAGCUGAGGGCUGGCAACAGCGCUGAGGGCCGCUGGGCACCCGCUGAGGCCUUCCUUCCCAGUGCAGAGGCAGAGCUGAUCUUUCUAGAGGAGUCGCCAGAUUACUGCACCCGCAAUUCCAGCCUGGGCGUCUCUGGCACAGAAGGUCGGGAGUGUCUGCAGAACGGCCGCAACGCAUCCCGGUGGGAGCAGCGCAGCUGUGGACGCUUGUGUACCGAGUGCGGUCUACAGGUGGAAGAGAGAAGAACUGAGGCCAUCAGCAGCUGUAACUGCAAAUUCCAGUGGUGCUGUACAGUCAGGUGUGACCAGUGCAGGCGUGUGGUGAAUAGGUACUACUGCUCCAGCUCCCCAGGCCGCGCGUGGUCCGGACGCAAGGCCAGCGCCUGA